AUGUCGACCUCCGAUUCCGUAGGUACGUACUUCCCCCGUGCUCCGGAACAUGCAGCCUCCCGCCCCGGUACCACGGCGAACGCGGCUAACAUCCACACCCCUCCAGAUCGUGUCUUCGUGCACGCCCUCGCGACCGUCCGGCGCCUCCCACGCACAGGCUCCUCGCGGCCACCCCCCUCCGCCCGCCUCCGCCUCUACGGCCUCUACAAGCAAUCCAUGGAAGGCGACGUCGAGUCCAUCCUCCCACGGCCCACCCUCCCGCCACCGUCGCCCACGGCCGGCGGUGGCGGCCCCAACAACAACACCGACGCUUUUAUGAUUCCGUCAGACCUCGACAGCCGGCCCUCGUCCUCUUUGCCACCGCACCGCGACUCCACGACCUCACAGCACACGGUGCAGGUGCACCGGUACGCGUCGCGCGACCUGCGCACGCGCGAAGCACAGGCCGAGAUCGAGAAGUGGGAUGCGUGGCACGCGUGUGCGGGCAUGAGCCGUACGCAGGCGAAAAGGAGCUAUAUCGAGGCGCUGAUCGCGACGAUGAAGGAGUAUGCGAGCGGGACGCAGGAGAGUCGCGAGUUGGUGGGCGAGUUGGAGUUUGUGUGGGGACAGAUCCGUGGGCAGGGGAGCGGGAGUGGUGGGAGUGGUGGGGGGAGGAGUGAGCCGGUGGGUGGGGGCAGUGCGGACGAGGAGGAGGCUGGGAGUGGGGAUAGUCCGAGGAGGAGUGGCAUGAAGGGGUUAGGGAGUGAUUUGGGCGGGAGGGCGGAGAGGGGCGGGGAUGGGGGGAGGUUGAGGGUGUUGAGUCCCAUGAGCCCGAAGGGCGGUAGUGAUGUCGUGGAAGGGGAGGAGGUGGAUGACCGGGAUGAUGUUGUUGGAGAGGAGCCGGCGCGGGAUGGUGCGGCGAGUGGUCGUUUUGCCGCGCUGGAGGCGCAGUUGAGGCGGCUGUCGACGGAGAUUGCAGCCUUGAGAGAGCAGUUGUCGGCGAACAACAUGUUGUCGUCGUCAUCCUAUAGCCCGUAUACUUAUCAGCAGCUGAGUCUGCGAUGGAAACUGUGGUAUAGGAUGGUGGCCUGGGUCCGAUGGCUGAUCUGGUUAGGAGUCAGACAGGCCUGCUUUGGCGCGGUCAUGUUGGGUGUCAUCGUGCUGUGGGGUCGGUGGAAGGGUGACAGGAGAGCGGAGGAAUGGGCAAGGCGAAGGUGGAAGGAGGUCAGAGCACUGUUGAGCAACUGGUGGGCGAGAGGCUGGUGGCUCGCGGGCUUCCUGCGGAUGAGGGUCAUGCUGGGUGGUCAUGGAAUAGAAGCAUAG